AUGACAUCUCACUUGGCCAUCAUGUAAAUGCCGCGUCACGCAAAAGCUUAGAAAUUCAAGCGUGCUCUAUCACAAAACCAAAAGAGAAAAUUUGUAUGAAAAUUAGUUUUCAGCUGCUCUAAUGCAUCGUGAAAGUAGAAUCUCGGUAGGAUUGAUAGUUUUAGUGACGUCAUGUGAAAACCAACAAUUUGUUCCAAAGCACAGUGUAAUUUUUUUUUGAUGGUUACGACACAAAGGAAAAACGAAACGCAAAGCUUAUCAGUGAUCGUGUAAAUCACAAAUCUAGGAGGUGGUUUUUCAUUAUUUUUAUGGAGUUUUUCAGUUUCCAGAAUUAGGCUUUCCAUUUUAUGGCCAAAAAAAGUUGAAAAUGGACAUAAACUGAUCCCAGGUUAUAACGCAGAAAACAGCAAAAACAUAGGCCAAAGUUUGUUUCUACACCUACACCUAAAUUUCAAUAUUGAUCUGCUGAUUUCUAGAGGGAUUUCUAAGCUAUAAUAUCAAAUGUAGCUAAAUGUCGUUAGUUGUGCAAAAUUAUCAAAUCGUGAGUAAUUUAGAAGUAAUUAUGCAUCGACCUUGGGCUGCCUGUGCGUGCUGUAAAGUCUUCUCCUACGUCUGUUUACUUCAGUUCAGUUGGUGAAUACAUGCGUCAAUACACGCAUAGACACAGCUGAAGGGGCCGAGGUCCACUCACUCAGUGAAAGCCCGUUUUGUUUGCUAAAAGAAGAGGUACGUACAUUGCAACAUUUUACAUUUCAUGCCUGCAACUGAAAACGUGAUCGAAAAGAAUAGGUCACAGAAUUCGUUUCGGCGGUCCUUGGGCUCAUAUCUUAGGGUUUUCACAGUUUUUAGAGUGUUUAGAGGAGUUAACGAGAAGGCUCUUGAGUUCUUUCUGACCUGAAACAUCUUGACUUUGUCAUAAUUUUCUUCUACUGUUUGACGUAUGAGCCUAAUUUUAAAAUGAAAGAACUCAAUCGAAUCCCCACUCCAAAAUUCUACGAAAGAGCAGAGAUUUAGCUGAAAUGAAUAAAUACGAUAAUUUGCAAUCAACUUUAUUUCGUAAUUUCAGCAAACUGGUCAGUUAUAAUUUCCAGUUGACCAUGACCGUUUUUUUUAUUUUACUAAAAUAUAUUAAAGGUACUGAAGUCUCAUGUUGAUAGCCCUACGAAGACCUGUUUACAGCUCAUUCUUUUUAGACACCAGCUUCCUUGAGAUUUUCCCUGCAUUAAAUUGUGUCACUGGUGUUUGUAUUCAGUUGUCAUUUUUGAUAUGAACAGCGUACACAGUUUUGAGAAUUAAUAAUUAAAAUGUUGGUUUAUGAGAAGUUCCACCCCAGGUGGGGGGGGGGGGGGGGGGUUUUUUGGGUUUUUUUGGGGGGGGGGGGGGGCGGGGGGGCCCGAAAACCUUACACCUUUGCCGGGGGAUGUUCGGGGAUUUUUUUUACCCUUCAACAGACAAACCCCCCCACACCCCCCCCACCCAUGGUAUUGGUCUUGUGAGGUAAGCUUAUGAAGUAUGUUUAAUUAGCAUAAGUUAAUAUCUAGCUAAUAAUUAUGACUGUUGCGCAUAAAACCAUAGUCGUAUAGACAUGUAAAAAUUGCGCUAGUUAGCAUAUUCCAAAAAACGCAAUCAAGGUACAGGACAGGGCUGGAUAGAUCCGGAUUUAGCCACCGCUGGUCCGUUACCAAUUUCUCAGUCGGGAUGUGCCGCUGGGACCCUGAAACCCUUAACCUAUGCCAGAGCUAGUUCAGCUGAAUUUUGCUACCCUAUACCAGAGUAAACUCCCCAAAUCCCCCCUAACCUAGAGUAGCUGUUUUCGAGAAAGUACUGAGGUCACUAGCACAGUCUAGCCUAAACAAAACCUUAUACCACAAUCCCUAGUCUAGAUAAAAUCUUCAACCAACUGAUCAGUUUCCUCCAAAAUGAUACCCUAUUCUAGACCGAAAUGCUCUGAUUUAUAUACCCUAUCCUAGAGUAAAUUGCUUGAAAACCAUACCCUUCGCAGUGGCACAUACCUAUAUAGCCCAUAUAAUAUGGCAGUACCACCCCCCUCCCCCCCCCAGGUUCCACCUCUGGUUUAGACUGGGAAAUUUGUGAUGUUUUCAAGGCGGUCAAUUUUGGGAGGAGUUUGUCAAUGAAAAGGUGUUUGCACGUGUAGGAUCAUCCGUAUAUCAAAAUAUUAUACAGUAACAAGAUGGAAACUUGUUACUUAUGAGAAGAAUAAAGGGGAUAUGUUCAGUUUAUGGAUGCUGUAAUCUCUGCUGAAAAUUUUGGUCAAUGUCCAGCGGCAGGUGAAAAUUUUCCAGAACAACUGAUCCACCUCCACCUCCACUCAGUUGAUCCAAUUUACUCUGACCAUGCCAGUCGGCUAGUCUUGUCUGGCCAAAUAAAUUAUGCUUACCAUAUUCCACUUCCCAAAUUUCUUAUAAUUUUACAGUCUCACUUUUGUGAAAAGUAAUCAGAAUGUUUUGACCCAGUUGGAAACUUUGCCUCAAUUAUUAUGUUUUUACUUGGAUAGAUCCACUGGUUUCUGACCAGCUGAUUUGGCAAAAAAUGGCAAGAAUCCUAUAAUGGUUAAAUGUAUAAGGAUAUAUGUUUGGAAUGUUACAGGGCAAACAGUAUGGAAGGGGAUUAGGCAGAAAGGACACUGCUAUAUUGUUUUCUUACUCUUUAUAUAAUUCUGCAGAGACAAAGAUGAUUUUUUUUUCUGCUGAUCCUGAUGGUACUGAUGGUUAAGAGGGAAAAUAAUUAUAAUUGAUUACUGAAAUGUCUAAAAAGGUUACUACAUGAAUAAUUAACUUCUAGGCAAAAAAAUAAUAUUUAUCUUGUCAACAGUUACCAUGGUCUUGCAUAUGCAUAACUUUUAAUUACAGUAAGUGAAAACCAGCUGGCCUUAAUGUUUUUAGUUGAUUCCAUUUUAUUCAGUUGAAGCCAGCUUGUGUAGCUGGUGGGGUUAGCAGGGAGUGUUGUUGUUUUUUGGCAGCAAAGCCACAAAAAGUUUGGAUUGAAGCAAUUAAAAGUCAAACUCUUGCAUAAAGAAAAUACCCAGCGCAUAACAAACCUGCCAGCUACACUGUGGCUUGAUUUUUUCAAACCCAAUUAAGUUGAGAAAGGUGAAGUUUAUUUCUACACUUACACUAGUUUCUCUGUAUCAUGUGUCUGAUAGCAAGAGAGUACAAUAGGCUGUAACUUGUUAUGCAAAUUGAAUUAUUAUCAAAACAUCAGGUAAUUUAUGCAUAGAACUUGGGCUGCCCGUGCAUGCUGUAAAAACUGCGCCGUCUACUUUUUAUUUCAUAUUUCAGCUCAGCUUGUGCAGAUAUAAACACAGCUGAAGAGGCCCAGACCUACUACAGAAGGCUGUACGUGUUUUUUUUGCUACACGAAGAGGUACGUACAAUACAACAUUUACAUUUCAUGGCUAUAGCUGGAAACAUGCUUGGGGAGAACACAUCGUGCAGAAUUUAUGUGGGGCCUUGAGUUCUGGGAUGCCUUAAGGACCUUAGGUUGCAGUGUUUUUCAGUCAGUUCAGUUAAGGGCUAAAAGGAGACACAUGAUGGCUCUUGGGCUCUUUCAAACCUAAAACGUUUUGAAUAUGCUUCCUUUCUUUGUCAUAUUUUUCUUGUACUGGUUGACAUGAACCUAAUUUCUGAAUGAUAGGAUCACUCUAUAUCAAGCUUAUCCCCACUCCAAAAUUCUAGGAACAAGCAGAGAUUUUAACCUGUGAGCCUAAGGCCAGUAUAAUAUAUUAAAGAAGAAUCAUAUGAAAAAAAAAGAAGACAAAUAUGACAAAACUUUAUUUCGUAAUUUUGACAAACGUUUUAGUUUCGAGUUAACCAUGACUGCCUAAUAAAGAUAUUGAAGUCUCACAUUGCCAGCUGAAGGCCUGUUUAUGACUGUUUACGGCUCAGCCUUAAUUUGGUAAAUUUGAUGUUUUAGACACACCCUUCAGAUAAUCCCUUGCAUCAAAUUGUGUCACUGGUGUUUGCAUGUAUUCAGUGGUAGUUUUCAAUAUGAAAGCAUAAGCAGCAUGCAUAAUUUUGAGAAUUAAUGAUUUAAUUGUGGUUUAUUAGAGUUUACAACAUUGGCUUAGACUUAGAAAACUGUGGUGUUUUCAAAGGGUGCAAUUUUUGGUCACUUUUGGGAGGAGUCAGUAAUAUUGUGGCAUUUGCACAUGGAGGCUCAUCCGCAUAUCAAAAUAUUAUAACAAGAUGCAAACUUGUAUCUUAUGAGAAGAAAAAGGGAUAAAAAAAAAUUAUAUAAUGCUGGAAAUUUUGGUCGAAUGUGCAGCUGGUAAGAAUUCUCCAGAAAAUGUGAUCCAGCUGAUCCAGAGUCCUUUAUUUAGACUGGGUCAGUCAGUGUUGUUGGCUGGCCAGUUAACACUUAAGUCCAUUUCCAUUUCUCAAAUUUCUCAUAAUUUUCGAGUCUUACUUUUGUUAACCCUUUAAACCCUAAGAUCAAAAUUUGAAUUCUCAUGUUGUCCCUAUUCAUUUUCUACAGAAGUAGUGGGGAGAAGGUUAUAAAAUAUCAAGCAAAUUCAUCUUGUGUGAUCAUGUCCAUAAUUCUCAUGACCACUCUGUUUUACAAAGCAUUGAUAUUACAAGGAGAAAUUUGAUGCUGAUCACUCUUAGGGCUUAAAGGGUUAAAAGUAAUGAUCAGAAUUUUGGUAUAAAGAAAACUUUGAGUUGGAAACUUUACUGCAAUUGAACAGUGUCAUUACAUUUUCACUCUCGUCUCUAUUUUUUACGUCAACUCAAGAGAUCCGGAGUGGCACCAAGUGAACUGGUGCAAUUCUCUGUGACAUGUAUUAGGCCCGUCCUGGAAUACGCAAGUCCUGUAUUCCAUCGUUCUCUACCAAACUACAUCGGUGAAGAUUUGGAACGGAUCCAAAGAAGGGCUUUCAGAAUCAUCCAUCCUGACCUGUCAUAUAGUGUAGCACUAGAAACAGUUGGCCUACCGAAACUUCAUGAGAGGAGAGAAAAGAUUUCAAUCGAUCUGUUUGACGAGAUUGUCUGUAACCCCACCCACAGUCUCCAUAGCCUCCUCCCCCAAAGGAAGAGUUGUAAAUAUGCUCUGAGACGCAAAAGUGAUUUCACUCUCCCCCUAUGUAAAACCGAGCGUUUGAAGAAAAGUUUUAUUUUUAGCCAUGUCUAUAAGAUGUAGAUAAUUUUUCUUAUUUUCUCUUUGUUAUCAUCAGUAUUUGUAAAUAUCCCGUAAUUCAGCCUAUGGCUGCAAUGGUGUUUAUAAUAAAGUAUCUAUCUAUCUAUCUUGGAUAGUUCUCCUAGUAUCUGACCAGCUGGAUUGGCAAAAUGGCAAGCACCCUGUAAUGGUUUAAAUGCAUAAAAAAUUAUUGAAAUGCCACAGUACAAACAGUAUAGAUCUAAGGGAAAAAGUCACAAAGAACAUUGCUAUACAGUCUUCUUACUUUUUAUGUGUAUUUCUGCCAAGACAAAGAUAAUUUUUUUCUGCUUAACCUGAUGGUACUGUUGGUUAAGAGGGAAAAUUUAAUUAUACUGAAAUUUUUUUAAAAAGGCUACCACAUGAAUAGUAAACUUCUAGGGGAAACAAAAAUAUUUGUCUUGUCAAAAUUUACAUUAAUGGUCUCACUUUAUUUGCAUAACUUUUAAUUAUUAAUUAAUUAAUAAUUAAAAUACCCAGCGGAUAACAAACCCGCCAGCUACACAAGCUAGCUGAUUUUGUGGGCUUAUUUGAUUUAUUUAAACACAAGAUUUCAAUUUCAAUGGGUGUUUAUUGGUGAUCCAUUUUUUUCCAAACACCAAUUUUUAUGUGGAACAAAAAAAAGAUGACAUCUUGAACCUAUGAAAAAUAAUUAUCAUACUCGAGGAUAAAUUCUUGAACUCUAAAUGCAAUGCGAAUGUGUUCGGUGGUUUUUCAAAAUAAAAGAUGGCAUCACCAACUGAAAAAAAAACUCAUUUUAAUAAAGAUCAAUAGUAAUAAUUAUUAUUGUAACUGAAGGGCUCCAUGCAAAAAUGUCCCCACGCUCUCUUCCUUUUUGCAGGGACAUUUCGCAAGGAGGCCUAUUCAAUUAUAAACCUUAUUCUAGAAGUGUAGCCUUAUAAUCUCUACUUACUUUAACACAGGUGAAACAAGCUAGUAUCAGUUCAACAAUAUGGUGUGGAGAGAUGAUGGAUCUGGUAACCUGACAGUUUCUGGAGCAAAAGUUAGCUUCACUGGGAGUGGAAACUCCAAGGGGAAUGCUAUCUGGAGUCAAGGCGGAACUGGAAGUUGGGAGUUUAAAGUAACUGGAAGUUCCGGAACCUGGGUGGGAGUUACUGCUGAGGAUAAGUUUGCGGCUGGUUGGGGGAUGAAGGGAUUGUUCUAUGGUGGGCCGGGCAACUUGAGUGAUGGCAGUAGCCUGGUGACCAGUAGCUGGGGACCUAAGUUUGGUGAUGGUGAUGUCAUUGGAAUGCGGUUGGAGCAGACUGGUGACAAAACAGUGUUGGCAUUCUCUAAAAAUGGAAGUGGAUUGGGAGUGGCAUUUGAUAUUUCUGGCUACAGUGGCAUGGAGUUCCGUCCAGCGGUUUCCAUGGAUGAAGCAGGACAGGGUGUGACAAUCUCUGAGACUGCUACUUCUAGCCUGGAUGCUUUCCAGCUUGUUCCCACUCCAAGACAAGGGGUGGAGGGAGACUGGCAGGGGAGGUUCAAGCUGAUGAUUGAGAAAACAGGAGAUGCAGCCUGGGACAUUGCAGCCGAGGUGGCCAACAUUAUAUCUUGCAAUGUAACUCAGGGUGCAGAUGGUAAACUUGUGUCUGGACAAGUUACAACGACGAAGAUGAUGCCGCCUCCAGAGCUCUUUGAGCUGGAGCGUGAGGUAACCUCCAUCCUGGAAGGUCUGACUUCACUCAGACGGGAAGGAGAGACCCUGGUGCUGGAAGGAGGAGGAAAGAAGGAGAUCUUUACACCUGCCGCUGGACCUGGUCCUGCCACCAAAGACAGUGUCAACUGGAUGCGUUGA